AAGUGAGCAAGAGGCAGAGAAGAACUUCGGUGAAGUUGGGCCUGACUGGCGGCGAGUGAGCGGGAAGGUCUGAAGCUGCAGAUCUGCCGUAAUGGCUUCUCUUCCAGCAGCCGCGAACUGGACCAACAGCGCGGGAGGUGUGGGUGAGUACGCCGCGGAGAACCUGAACUCCGCGCUCGCGGAGGGGGCGUCUUCUGGGGCAGCAGAGGCCGAGUGGUUGCAACUACUGGUCCAAGUCGGCAACCUGUCUGCCUCCACCUCGUCUGCGCGGGGACUGCCCGCGGCCUCCCUGGCGCCUUCUCAGCCCCGGGCCAACCUCACUAACCAGUUCGUGCAGCCGUCCUGGCGCAUCGCUCUCUGGUCCCUGGCGUAUGGCGUAGUUGUGGCAGUGGCGGUCUUCGGAAACCUCAUCGUCAUCUGGAUCAUCCUAGCCCACAAGCGUAUGAGGACUGUCACCAAUUACUUCCUCGUGAACCUGGCUUUCUCCGACGCCUCCAUGGCUGCCUUCAAUACCUUGGUCAACUUCAUUUACGCGCUUCACAGCGAGUGGUACUUUGGAGCCAACUACUGCCGCUUCCACAACUUCUUUCCUAUCACAGCAGUAUUCGCCAGCAUCUACUCUAUGACGGCAAUCGCGGUAGACAGGUAUAUGGCCAUUAUUGAUCCCUUGAAGCCCAGACUGUCUGCUACAGCUACCAAGAUUGUCAUUGGAAGUAUUUGGAUUCUAGCAUUUCUACUUGCUUUCCCUCAGUGUCUUUACUCCAAAAUCAAAGUGAUGCCAGAACGUACUCUUUGUUAUGUGCAAUGGCCAGAAGGUCCCAAGCAACAUUUCAUUUACCAUAUUAUUGUCAUUAUAUUGGUGUACUGUUUCCCAUUACUCAUCAUGGGUAUCACAUACACCAUCGUUGGAAUUACACUCUGGGGAGGAGAGAUCCCAGGAGACACCUGUGACAAGUAUCAUGAGCAACUAAAGGCAAAAAGAAAGCCCAACCUAUACUGGUAUGCCCUCAUUAAUAAAACAAAAGAAGAACCCUAUUUCCGAACAGGAUUGCAUCCACAGGUACAG